UAAUCGGGGUAACAGCAGCAUCAUGGCAGAAUGCACAGACGCACAUCCUUGUGCAGAUUUCGAGGACAUGCCCGAGCUAUCAGACAGGGAUGGUGACUCCAGUGAUAACGAAGACCAGUGGCAGUGGAUGGAGGAGGACAGUCAACAGGUUACCUGUUUAUUUUGUGACAGAUUACUAAAUUCAGUGCCUGACACCUUUCAGCACUGCACGGCUGAGCACCAAGUCAACAUUAUAGAUCUGAUUAAGAAACACAAUUUAGGUGACUACAGUUACAUAAAGCUGAUCAAUUUCAUACGCUCAACAAAAUGUGAUCCAUCACAUCUCAUCGGGCUGCCAGAUGUUUCCUUACCGUGGGAGAGUGAAGACUUCCUCCAGCCAGUUAUACAGGAUGACCCCUUAUUGCAAACUGACCCUGAGGAUCUGUGUGGUCACCAGGGGAAGGUUGCAUCAACAUGCGGGCCAUCAGAGUCCAAUGAGGCAAUGCUGCAGAGGAUUACUUUUGCUGAGGAUGCUGUGGCUCAAUCCUUUGAAAAUCUGCAUCAACUAAAGAUGCUGCUCCGAGAUUUGGUGCUGAAUCCAGAAACUGGAACCUCCACUAACCUGUGCAGUGUGGCUGAGCUUCGCGAGGAAGAGGACGAAGCCUACUUCAGCUCAUAUGGUCAUUAUGGAAUUCACGAGGAGAUGCUCAAGGAUAAAGUGCGCACUGAGAGUUACCGUGACUUCAUGUACAAUAACCCUGAAGUGUUCAGAGACAAGGUUGUUUUAGAUGUCGGCUGUGGGACUUGCAUACUAUCGAUGUUUGCUGCCAGGGCUGGAGCCAAGAAGGUCAUAGCUGUUGACCAAUCAGAAAUUAUCUACCUGGCCAUGGAUAUAGUCAGGUCCAACAAGCUGGAGGACAAGAUCACUUUGCUCAAAGGACGCAUAGAAGACAUCAGCCUCCCCGUGGAGAAGGUGGAUAUUAUAAUCUCAGAAUGGAUGGGUUACUUUUUGCUGUUUGAGUCCAUGUUGGACUCCGUCUUGGUGGCCAGAGACCUCUAUUUGGAUGAAGAUGGUUCAGUCUACCCAGACGUUUGUAACAUCAGCCUGGCAGCAGUGGGAGAUAAACAGAAGCAUGAAGAAUGCAUUGCAUUCUGGGAUGAUGUGUAUGGCUUUAACAUGUCAUGCAUGAAGAAGGUCGUCGUGCCGGAGGCUGUCGUGCAAGUGUUAAAUGCAGACUCUCUCAUCUCCGAACCUACGGUCAUACAGACAAUCGACUGCAACAGAGUGCUUCAUUCAGAGCUGGAGUUUGCAGCCGACUUUUGCUUGAAGAUUACCAACACCACAGACUGCACGGCAAUUGUCGGCUACUUUGACGUUUUCUUUGACAAAGGCUGCCGUAACAAGGUGAUGUUCUCCACGGGUCCACAGGUCACAAAGACCCAUUGGAAACAGACCAUCUUCCAACUGGAGAGACCCUUUACAGUCCAGGCUGGGGAGGAGCUUCAAGGAAAGAUCACAGUGCGCAAAAACAAAAAGGACCCUCGCUCACUGUUGGUCACCUUUGACCUCCGAGACAGGAAGCUGACCUACAGCGUCCAGUAAUGUCAUGUAACUGACAUUAUAAAAACAGUAAAUGUGUUGUUGUUAGUAUUAGUAUAAAAACUGCCUAUGUAUUAAGCCAUUUUUGGAUUGUUUUUCUUAUUCGUAAUAAAAAAAUUAUUAAUAUUCUCCUUGCCGAUGUGUUUUAUGUUAAGUUACAGGAUGUUGAGAGCUUAAGUUUGUACCAUUCAUUUCAUUAUGCACAUGAAGUGAAAAUUUAACAACAUUUUGGAGUUGCUCCCAUCGAUCCAUUUUCUGAGCCGCUUCACCUCACUAGGGUCGCGGGCGUGCUGGAGCCUAUCCCAGCUGUCAUCGGGCAGGAGGCGGAGUACACCCUGAACUGGUUGCCAGCCAAUCGUAGGGCACACCUACGGGCAAUUUAGAGUCUCCAAUUCAUGCAUGUUUUUGGGAUGUGGGAGCAAACCGGAGUGCCCGGAUAAAACCCACACAGGCACGGGGAGAACAUGCAAACUCCACACAGGCGGGGCCGGGGAUUGAACCCGGGUCCUCAGAACUGUGAGGCUGACGCUCUAACCAGUCGUCCACCGUGCCGCCGUUGCUCCCAUUUGCAGCUAAAACAUUGUUCACUCCUCUGGGAAGACACUCUACAAGAGGCUCUGAUUCACAAAUCUUUUUUCCAACUGUGAAUGUAUUUAAGUCCAGGUUAAAAACUUCUUUUUUUUCUCAUGCGUUGCAGAGCAUUUCCACUUUAAAAUAAUCUUCCUUGCAUUAUACGCUGUUUUUAUUGUUUUUGUUUGUUUUUGUUUUAUGUUCGUAAACAGUUAUUUUUCUUUGUUUUUAAAUGCUUUUAAUCAUGUAAAGCAUAUUGGUUUACCAUCCGUCCAUCCAUUUUCUGUACCGCUUAUCCUCACAUUGUAUAUGAA